AUGGCAACCACGUGCCGAACAGCCUGUUGCUUUCCUAGCCCCCCGUUCCUCGACCAACGCGUCCAGACGUUCAUCCUCACUUCCGCCUUUCCACAACAGUCGCGACUCGACAACACAACAACUUGGCCAACGGAUGGCUCGUCGCGAUCUUCCAACGAGGCUCCCUUGCCCACAUCGACAACAGAACUACGGGACACCGACGGUAUGCUGCCCGGGACUUUGGCGAUUCCCCAUCGUCCACCCACGGCGUCGCCGUUGUCGCCGCCCCUACCGCUGCCGCCACCACCACCACCACGACCUUCUCGACCGAAACAACAGACAAGCAAUGAUGUGCCCAAUUCAAAGCCAAAUCUACCCAACAUUUCCCUUUCUCGACCCUUGCUGCCUACCUCGCACCCCCAAAACGAGCCACUCCUCGAUAGGAGACGCCUUGGGCUGCCAGCUGAGCAGCUGGCCCCCCUGCCCUGGCGACUAGACCAGCACGAUGAGCUGCAUGAACGUGGCGCUCGUCGUUCUUCCAUGCUCACGACACUGACGCCCCCUUUGCCCUUGCAGGCAGAGUAUUCCGAAGAACACGACGAUCUCACCGAUGCCGACUCAACAGAACGCGAAAGCGAUCACGACCAUGCCUUUCCACCACUGCCACCAACCGCAGGAACGCCCGCCGCCAUCAUGCGGAAAAGGAAAGACAUCACAGCCAAAAUACGCCAUCACAUGGCACGCUUUACACAAAACGAUUCAAUAUCAAGUCCCCACAUAGCUGAAUCUGAGGCGAAUUAUGAGCACUACUCCGAUGUUGAGAUACAAAGAUUGUGGACGCUUUUGAAACAGAAGCGACAGCAAGCCGAGCGAUCGCGAGUGUCAAUGGCUGGCAACAGGAAACAGUUGAGAGACCUUCGUCGACGCAAAGACGAGGCUGAUAAUGCGUUCAUGGACCUUGCCCGUAGACUGAUUGCCAGCAGUCAGCGGGCCGAACUUGUUGCCUCAUCUACGCCACUUCAGAUUCGCUUCCAGGAAAUGCAACUUCUCCGGACGGACUAUCACACCAAGGAAACCGAGUACGAGGGCCUCGAGGUGGAUUUAGACCAGCUGGAGGAAGAUAGCAACCGGCUCGAGAUUCGUUUUUUCAGAACGCUGGCUAUGGCCGACAUCACAACUGACAACACAAAGGAACAUGAUGUGCAAGCAAAAGCUGAAGCCCAAGAAUCAGCGGGUAUGCGUUCCAUGUUGAUGGGCAUUUUGCCGGAUCGCCCUUCGGUCGAGCCUUCGGUCGAGGUUCACCCACUGUGGAGCGACCUGUCGGAUGCCAUUGCCGAGAUGAACAUUGCCCAAGAAGAAGUGGACGAUAUUCUCUCAUAUCGGGAAGAGCUCACGUACAAUUUGGGUCUGAAGGAGCGCACGAAUCGUACGGUCAGUGCCACAGAACUCGAACGCCUGCGCAACUUUCGAGCGGACGAACCAGUGCAGCUGGCACGUCUAGAAGAGGCGACCACCCGAGUUCGCGAGCUUUACAAGCGUUGCAUGGCGGAAGCAGCACCUCAUGAAGAUCCACCCUACCAUAUAGCCUUUGCACUUGGUCUACCAACGGACGACGAAAUCAUCCUAGAUGAUUCUACAUCCGACACGGAGGAGACCUUUUUCUACCGUCGUCAUCCCGCGCUACUAUCUCAACCUCACCAUCUCCUUAGGCGCGAGCCUUUGACCGUAUUGUCCAACUUGAAGCAGGUUGCCAAGUCGCACAUGAAUACUGUUGACAGGGGAGAUCAGAUGCGUGCCGCAUUCAAAGAGUACGAAAUAUCUUGUAUACUCCGUGAUACUAAGGCGAUGAACAAGACCGACUAUAUCAAUCGCUGGCUCCUUCAAUAUCUCCGCAUCUCACCGCUGCAGGUGGAGAUUCUCGCCACUAUCUUUACAAAUAGCACACACCUCAAGAUUGUAGACACAAAGCGCUGGGAGCUGGAUGUUCUAUUCCAGUGGUGGAAGGACGAGGCAGCUAUCCGAUCUGUGGAAUCGAUUUCGAAGUCUGCGUUGACCGCUACGGUUGACAGUUCAGCGCAUCCCCCAAAUGAUGGGUUCUCAUUCCUUGCCUGGGAGCGGGCGAUGUGA